CGAGUACGUUUAGAGGAGUGUGGCGUAAGAGAGUGGGGGCAAAGUUCCUCAGUGCGAACGAGAACGGAGGUGUGCGGCGAGAGGAGCCGGCAGCAGCAGUCGAGCGAGCAGCGCCGCUUCAGCUAACAACAUAGGGAGUGUACGUGCUCUCGCGCGCGGGCUUUUGUAUAUUUUCGGCUCUCUCUCUCCUGCGUGUGCAAAAAACAAGCGGGGCGACGACGACAGCAGUGGAGCAGACUUCGUGCAUACGUAUAGCAGUGUAACGCCAGGUGUGCCGACAACGACGACGAAGAGAGAGAGAGAGAGAGAGAGAGUGUGUGUGUGUGAGAGAGAGAGAGAGAGAGAGCGCGCGCGAGCGAGCGAGAUGUGCGCGCGGCGCGGCGCCCCUUUUUUCUUUCUUGCCUUGUCGCUUCGUCGCUUGUAUAACCUAUAAAUAAACCCGAGGAGAGAGGAGCAACCGAGAAACCGCGAGUGAGUUUUCAGUGUAACGAAUUCAUAAAGGAGAGCCGAGGAAAAGAGACGGAAGAGUUGUUGCAAAGUGUGUCUCUUUGGUGUGCUAUAUAUUAUUCAUACGUGCGCGGUCGAUUAGUUGGUUUAUCGUAUUAUUUUGUUAGUUCUUUGCGUUUUUUCACUGGUGUCCUUUGGAAGAGCAGUUUCGUUCAUUAUUUGAGUCAUCGUUUGAUAAAAGUGCGGUGCGCGCUCUCACAUCGUGCGUCAAUGGGAUUCGCGAAUCGCGCUAGAUCCUGCACUUAUGCAUCCAAGCACAGAUCCAGGCUGCUACCUAUCAGCAGAGGAUGCCGCAGGUGCUGUUAGCCUAUCGAAGGCGGCAGUGCGUGCAGCCAGUGAUGUCGUUGCAUUGGAGCCAGCGGAAGCAGCAGCAGCAGCAGCAGCAGCAGUCCAAGCCUGCAGCAGUCCUGCUGAAGCUGGACAGAAAUGGCCGGCAAGCCUGAGCAGCCGGUCUCUCAUACAGGAGGCCAGCAGCAACAGCAGCAGCAGCAGCAGCAGCAGCAGCAGCAGCAGCAGCAACAGCAACAGCAACAACAACAACAACAACAACAACAACAACAACAACAACAACAGCAGCAGCAACAGCAGCAGCAGACGACGACCGUUACGGCGGCGACAACCGUCAACCGCACCGGUGCAGGCAGUUUACUAGUCUACGUGGCCAACGACAACACGCUGCAGCCCUACGAUCAGAACCACCUUCUCUUCCAGAACCAAAAUGCUGUCGCGACUCAGGACAACUUCCUGCAGUUGCCGACGUUAUUCGGUGACAAGGUACUUGCCAAAGAGCUCGCCGCCGAGAUAGACUCCGCAGUGCAGCAGCAGCAACCGCGCACAGAUGCCGAGGAUGAUUCCGGCAGAAGUUUCGUCGACGAUGGCGACCUGGAGGGUGGCUUCAUGCAGUUGGAAGCGGCAGCGGCUGACAUCAUUUAUCAAGAACGUAUCACUGAGAAGGAGGACGAGGACGACGUGGACGACGAGGAAGCGGUGCACCUCAAGUUGCUUAAGUUGUCGAAGGACAUUAUGCUGGAGGCCGGUUGCGCGGUCAACGGAGUCAAUGUCAAUGGUAUCUACAGCUUCGACGAGAAGAGUCUCGGUGCGUUCGUCGAGGCUGCCUGUGACGAGCAACAGCCACAGGUGUUCGUUCGUCAACAGAAUGGCUCGGCCUCCACUGCUGAUGGCAGCUUGACUCUGUACCAGGCGCCGAUCGAGCAGCAGCAAACGCAGCAGCAAACGCAGCAGCAGCAGCAGCAGCAGCAGAUUCAAAAUAUCAAUGCCGUGCCGACAGCGGUAGCUUUUAGCAGCUGCGACUCGAUCAGGUCGGACACCGCCGAAUCCAGCUGCAGCAGCCUGAGCAGCCACGAGAGUCAAGAGGUGGCACUUCAACAGGCUGCGAAUUUCGUGGCGCAGCAGGCUGCGCACGAGCAACAGCAGCAGCAACAGCAGCAACAACAACAGCAACAACAACAGCAGCAGCAAAUUUUGAGUGCACAACAAGUGCAGCAGGUCAAUCAGGUGCUCGAUGACGCUAUGAACGCUAGUAAUGCCGCGUGUGCCGGUGGUGUGGUCGUGCAACAGACGCAGAUACAACAGCAAAAGGAGCUGCAGAGUAUCUCGGUGCCGCAGGGCUGGAAGAGGAUUUUCACCAACGGUAUCAUCGUUUACAUCAGUCCGAGCAGUACGGCGCUGGGUUCGCUGGAUCAGCUCAAGGAGUACCUUACGACCGCCGGUACCUGCAAGUGUGGCCUCGAGUGUCCCCUCAGGCCCGAGCAGGUCUUCAACUUCGACCCCAAGGUUGCAACGCGACCUUGGAGCCCGACGCAAGGCAAGCCUAUGACAAAGCUGUGCAACCACAAGAGAAAAAUCUUGCCGCAUCCGCAGCAGCAGCAGCAGCAGCAGAUAGCGACGCUCGUGUCCACGGCCAACAACCAGGUCAUCGCCUCGAGCUCGGGGACCAUACCCAUUGGCGCGGAAUCGCCUAUCGACAAAUCCAAACCUGACGGCCUCAAGAGGAAGAAGCGAAAGCUGAGCAACAACGUGUACUCGGGGGUGUCGGUGUCGCAGCUGCUGGCGCAGCGCGAGCGCGCCAUUGCGGCCGCGGUAGCGGCCAACCCUGCGGCGGCGGCAGCAGCAGCCGUUGCAGCGGCAGCGGCAACCACUGCCUCCUCGCUCUCUAAUGGAUCGCAGGUGUGGCCCGUAGCGGUCUCCAAUCUGCCGACGAAUGUGAAUGUGCUGCAGAGCCAGCCACAGCAACAGUUGCAGCUGCAGCAUCAGCAAACUAUCAGCCCGCAGCAGAUACAACGGCUGAGCAAUCCUCACGCGAUGAGCGCCACGGCGGGCGGCAUGCUGAUGGGCAAUCAGCUGAUCAUGAAUCAGCAGCCAACCAACUUUGGCAACCUUGCACAGCCACAGCAGCAACAUCAGCCUGUCCAGCAAAUGCAGCAGGAUCAGGCGCAGGAGCAGCUCAUGUUCCAGCAGUUGUUGUUGCAACAGGAUCAGCAGCAACAGCAGCACAAUCAGCUGUUGGCUAGUCAGAUGCAACAGAUUCAGCCGCAACAGGCAAAUUUCCAGUUGAAUCAAAUGAACCAGCAGCCACUGCAGAUGAUGCAAGCGCAGCAGCAGCAGCAGCAGCAGCAGCAGCAGCAGCAACAGCAGCAGCAGCAACAGCAACCGCUCAACCAGCCGCAAUUUCAGCUGCAAGCGAUGCACAAGCAGCAACAGUUGCAGCAGCAAAAUAUUCUUGGGGACUUGGACUCGCAACAACAGCAACAGUUGCUUGCUAGCUUUGGUCAGCAGCAGCAACAGCAGCAGGACAAUUUCUUGAAUCAGUUGCAGGUCGCCCAAAACCCACAGCAACAGAUUCAUCAGACGCAACUGCAACAACUGCAGCAGCAACAACUUCAACAGCAACAGAUGAAUCAGCAACUGAUGCAACAGCAAGCCGAGUUCCAAUUGCAAUUGCAGCAGCAACAGCAGCAACAACAGCAGCAGCAACAAUUGUUGCAAUCGUGUAGCCAAGCACAGUUCCAAACGCAAAUGUUGAAUCAACCUGUUGAUACGAUGCAGCAAAAUGGUCUGACCGUUAUGAACGGCAUAAAUGACCUACAAAUGCGUCAGCAACAGCAAAGAGCCGCCGAGGAAUUGGCUGUUAAACAGCAACAGCAGCAUCAACAUCAGCAACAGCAGCAACAGCAGCAACAGCAGCAGCAGCAGCAGCAGCAGCAGCAGCAGUUGAUCCUGCAAAAUCAAAAUGUACAAAGGCUACAGGCCAACAAUCAGUUUCCACAAAAUCAAAUUUCGUAUCAAAUGAGGAGCUUCGAUCCGACGAAGCCGACGUCUAUGCAGCAGUAUCAAACGACCCAAUCGUUGCAGCAAAAUCAAAACAUUCAGUUCGCGCAGCAAAACACACGUUCGUCUUGUUGGCAGCAGCAACAGCAACAGCAGCAGCAACAGCAGCAGCAACAACAGCAGAACAACAGCAAUAGAACUAUAAGUGUAAAUCAAGUGCAGACUGUAAACUGUAAUACGUUCGAUCGUGUGCCUCCUCUACAUCAGCAUAUGCCUCAGGAUAAUGUCUGGUCGGAAGAAGUGGCCAGGAAAAAGGCCAAGACUAUUAAGAACCCCUAUAAAAAGCAAAGGCAGCAUAACUCGAUCGAGAUUAGGAGUAACGUGAAUAAUAAUCUCGAUCUCGGUUUGUCUGGGGAUGAGUUCUCUGACAAAACGAAUUCGCAGGGUCCAUCGUUCCUGGAGGAUCCAAGCGGCUACCUCGCGCAGCAGACGGCUCUGCUGAAUAGUACGAUAUCGAGGCAAACGGGCGUAACACAGCCUCCGUAUCUUCCGCAACCAAAGCCUUCCUCGCUCGCUAGUCCCACGUCGAUGUACAGCAGCAAGAACAAUCCCACAUCGCCGGUGUUCGUGCACAGCUCGAUGACGCCUAAUUCGGCUGGCAGCGCCACCGAUUCCGAAGGUGGUAGCCCAAUGUCUUGUCAGAGGUGCGUCACAAGUGCAGACACGCAGUCCUUAUCUUCCUCCACCUCUACACAUGAUUCCUAUAAACAACGAACUGAGGUGCAUAGGCAUCAGUACUCCCUCCAUUCAGACUUGUCUGACGACCCAAUAUCUUCCACGUGCAUGCAGCAGCAAAACUCAUGCCAAUCCCAUCAAGUCCAGCAACAGCUGGAUACAAGACCGAUUCAGGGUGGCACAGUCAGUACCUCGCAUGGCUCACCAAUCGGCACGAAUAGUCCGGCUAAUUCGGACACCCCAACCUCGACCAAUAUCUCACAGCCAGCUACACCACAGAGUCUCAUAUCCUCGCAACCGUCGACACCACAUGCCUAUUCACAACCCGCUACUCCGCAUAUGGCUGUGCAGCAAUCGAAUCUCAAUGAGCAAAGAUCAGGAACGCCUUCGGUUACUACUUCGGGUACGCAAAAUGAUCCUUUAUCCGUUGAGAGUCAAACAACAUCAGCUAGCCAGAAAAAAAUGGAUGGAUUUCAAAAUCAUCCGCACGGACCUAAUCCAACGAGGAGUUUAAUCACCACCAUGGCAAGUGGCCACACGGUUAGCAGUAAUACCAUUACAUCCGUCUUGGCAGGACGAGCAAAUACCGCGACAGUUUCAAUUAACCCAGCUGGUGGCCAAAAUAAACAACAACAAAAUCAACAACUCCAACAGACCAUGAUUAAUCAAGUUCCUCCUUCGUCUAUGCCUAUUGUUGCUGCGGCGUCGUCAGCUUCAAUGCCUAUUAUUAAUAUUCAACAGCAGCAGCAGCAGCAACAACAACAACACCAAAACGUGUUAGCAAUGGCUCAGCAGCAACAGCAACAGCAACAGCAACAGCAGCAGCAGCAGCAGCAGCAGAUAACGAAUGUAAACGUGGCAAAGUCACCGCUAGAGAUGGUGCAGAGUGUCGUGAGCAGUAUUCAAGUGCCUCAAGUUAGCAACACCUCCAAUAAUCAGCAACAGCAGCAUCACCAGCAACAACAAGCACAACAAGCUAACGUUCAAGUGCACAAUGUUCUAACAUCGAGCGGUGUUUUGAAGCAAGCUGCGACAGGACAAGGAUUACCGCCUGGUCACAUUUUAGUUUCGAGCAAUGGUCAGUUGAUCAUGGCUAGCACUGGUGGUGUAAUGGCUCCACCACCGCCAAAGAUUAACUCAAUGCCACCUCUAUCAGUUUCGCCAAUGGUUACUAAUGUGACUGGCACAGUUAGUCAAGUGAUUCCUGCGGUGGCACAACAAGUAAUCGGUCAGCCUACAGUGCUUGUUAACACUAUACAAACGCCUGUGAUAAUACAACCAGGAAUGGUGAUGGAUAGCCUUGGUCAGAACGUACAGAUACCACACUUGACUGUCGCUGGUAAUGUUAUUCAGAAUGCUCAGAGUAUUAUCGAUGCCUCGAAUAACCAUCAUCAACAAGAGGUCGCGAGAAACGUUGCUGCAGCUGUUGCUAAUCAAAAUUUGGUUGGUCGACAAACACUGGCUCCGGAACCGACAGCCGCCAAGAAAAAGGUCUAUAAGAAACGAAAGAGUAGCACGCAAACAGUCGCAUCCAUGCUACACAUAGCUGCCGCCUCGUCCAAUCAAAAUGCCGGUGUUCUGAUGCAGAGUCAUCAAUCGAACUUUGCUCAGCAAAACUUCCAAGCUCAAAGCUUAGGUGGGCCAAUGCUUCAAGCACUAACGAUUGUUCCCGGGAAAAACGGUGGUCCCGCACAACUGGUUAUGAAUGGCCAACCCCAUCAAACGACAUCGCAUUUCAACACACAACAGAUAAUCACCAAUGCGCAGCCCGCGCAACAGAUCAAUUUGUUACAGCCAGUUAACCUGUUGAAUGGAGCCACCGGUAUGGUCCAAAACUUCCCUACCAUUCAGCAAUUUAUCGUCCCCGGCCUUGGCAGCAUGGUUAUGUCGGCUGAUGGUACAGCGACGUUGCUUCAAGAUACCGGAAAUUUGGGUAUGCAGUUGCAACUGCAAAACGUCAAUGGCCAAAACGUUCUGACGCCAGUUCAAAAUCAAGCGAAUAUUUUUGGACCGGCUCAGAAUAUUUUGGCAGCGGGACCAGCCGGUAUGGUGAUACGGGCGCCUCAGGCGACCGGUGGUAAAAUAAUUCAGGCCCAAACUCACAAUCCGGGUACUCAAUUUAUUUCGCCAAACAGUGGACAGUUCCUCGUAAACGGCACGACGUCUUUCGGCAAUCAAUUGAAUCCAAUUGUCGCGAACGUCAGUCCGAAUCAGCAAGUGACCUUCAAUACGACACAGGUGCGGCCACCUAAUAUUCAAGGUCAACAAGAAUUCAUUCAGAUGAAUGGCCAAACGUUAAUGGUGCCGUGCGGUACGACACAGAAUCUCGCGACUGCGGUGUCUUCAGCGCAGAAUCAACAAAAUACAACUUACGUUCAGCAGAAUACGACGAUAGUCCAACAACAGACGACUAUGGUGUCGAAUAAUCAGAUCCCAGGACUUCAAACGACGGGAACUAAUGCGUUGCCCGGCAUCGAACACUCAAGCCCGGUGAACGUUGAUCAGCCUCUCGCCAUAUUGAGUGCUAACAUGGUGGCGGAAAAGAACCCCGAAACACCUAAGAGCAACAAUCAUUCCGCACUUACUGAGCAAACUGUUGAUCAACAACAACAACUGCAACAGCAACUACAGCAACAGCAGCAAUUGCAACAGUUACAACAGCAGCAGCAGCAACAACAACAUCAAGUUCAACAUAACCAGCAGGUGUCACAACAGUUGAUCUUGGCUAACGGCACUACGAUAGUUGAACAGAUGCCACAGGAUCAAGCGGCUGCAGCUGCUGCAGCUGAGCUGAUGGCAAGGCAUUCAGUGUCAACACAGACUGCUGCGAAUCAAAACGCCGCACAAUCAGUGCUCAUGAGGCAAGGUUCACCACCGGACACGACGACGCACAGUCCUGGGAAUAGCCAAAGGUCGAACAGCCCCGCCGUGGAUACAACCACGCACGGAGCUGCUUCUCCACCGCCUCCAGCCAACACGCGGCAGCAGUCGUCUUCAACGCCGAUGGUCCAUUGUGUAUCGAGCAGUGAGCCAGACUCAGGCGGCGACACGCAGCUAAACUCGGAGGAGUGGCGAGGGGGCGUGCAGGCGGUAGCUAGUAGCGGCUCACAAGUCAAAGAGGCUCCACUGGGGCAAGCUCCUACGAGCGGUGGUCAGCCACAGACGCAAAUGGUGAGCCCACAGCCACAGACGCAGCCAGUGGCGCUAGGGCAGCAACAGCAGCCACAGACGCAGCCGACGAAACCGACGUUCGUCGAGUCGUCGACGGUGUCAAGCGGCAUGCAGAUGUUAGCGAAGCAGGCCGACGGUGCUAUGAGCACAGUGCAGUGCGAGGGCAGGGGAAUCAAGCGUAAGCUGGACUCCAUCCACGCAAUGCAUUCCACUCUGCAUGAAGACCAGGAUGAAUCAGCAGCACCAUCACAACCGCAACGACAACGACAACAACAACCACAACCUCAACCUCAACCUCAGCCACAGCCACAACCACAGCCACAGCCACAGCCACAACCACAACAACAACGUGGUGCAGAGUCUGCGGAUGAUUCGACCGGCGCGAAAGAGACGAGGCUGUUUACGGUCGGCGAAGUCGUUUGGGGCUGCGCCCGAGGAAGCGCCGCCUGGCCCGGUAAGGUCGAGGCGCUUGGCCCUCCAACGUCAGCACUCGCUCAGCCCGCCUCCAAUGAGCACGAUCAGCCAACAACCGUGUGGAUCCGCUGGUAUGGCGCACAGCGCGCGACCGGCCUCAGCCAGGUCGCAGUCAAGAGCCUUAAGUCCUUGUCAGAAGGCCUCGAGGCGCACCAUCGCUCACGAAAGAAGUUCCGGAAAAGUCGUAAAUUGAACACACAGCUGGAGAAUGCAAUCCAAGAAGCAAUGGCUGAAUUGGACUCGAAACCGAGUUCAUCGUCAAGAGCAACGACAGCCACGGCAGCGGCGGCACCGGUGACUCCGGCGACUCCGGCGGCUCCGGCGGCUCCGGCGGCUCCGGCGGCACCAGCAACGUCCUCGGCAAAGCCCGACGCAGUUUCGAUGAGGAGUCGACAUGUAAAACCAAUCGCUCCAGCGCCGCAUCCAAAGCCACAGCAGCCGCCGAUAACUACUCGUACGAUCGGUUUGAGGAAAACGCCAGGGCGCAAGGUGCCCCAGGUCACUCUCGUCGCCGUGGCCGCGCCCAGAGGCAACACCUAGGACUCGUUGUCGCUCUCCUCGUGGCUGAGGAGGCACAAUCACCUCACGAUAUUCCGAUAGACUUCGUCUUCUUUUCGUUCGGUUCUUCUGUCGAGCGUUCUAUAGCCACUAAUAAUGUAUAUCUUUCUGCCCUCGCUUUUUCAUCAUCGACUUUAUUUUUGUACAUAAUUUAGGCCUAAUUGUUAGUUUCUUAAGAACAGAUGUGCUCGUUCUUUUCUUUCCGCGUGUCUUCAAUGGCAGUUAAAGAUCUGAGCACUGUCACGAUGAAAUUGUACAUAAUAUACAUUAUUGCGGAUGAGAGCAAGAUGAUUUUUUUAAUCUUCGUUCUUUUCAUGCCGAGAGUUAAUUAUUGGACAAACUGUCGAAGCUUUUUUUAUGCGGACUUUUUUCUCUGUCAAAGUCUAUUAUAUAUAUAUAUACUAAUGUGUGAUUAACAUUAGUUGUUUUUGCCUGUUUACGAUUAAUACAAUAUUAUUGUGUUUGAACAUUUAUAUUAUUUAAGUCGUUUAUUUAUUGCAUCGGAGCAUAAAAAAAGUCUAUGACUUAUUUUACCAAUAGUUUACGGCUUCAACGGUACGCCUUACUUUAAUUUUCGGUGACCGAACGACCAACAUUUAUAAAGUAUAUAUUGGAUCAACAAGACUGUAAUGCUUGCAUCAAACAAUUCAAUCAAAGGAAUUUUUUCGCUUAUUUGCCGAUAUCGGUAUAACUAUCAAAGAUACAAUCAAAAAACAAUAUUCCAUUGAAAUUUUAUAAAUUUGUUGCACUUUCGUCAUCGAAAUUUUAAGCAUCAUUCCAAAAAACAAAAAAACAAAAAAGUAAAAGAAAAGAAACACUAUAUGCUACGUGAGUUUUGGUAGCUCGUCGCAAUAGGAAUUAGAGAAUCAAUUGUUUGGUGCUGUAAUCGCUUCUUCAUAAGAAGCUAAAGAGAAAAAAAAUUAAAAUACGAUUAACUUGUAAAGAGAGAUGUUGUAUAAAGAAAAAAAAGUUUUAGAAAAAUUUUAUCGAAUCGGCUGAGUUGAGUCGCGACUGAAAAACGAAAACUUUUGUAAAGAAAUAUAGUUGUCUUUGCAUCUUUUGAAAUAUUAAUAAUAAUGAUAAAUAAUAAUAACGUAAAUGAAUAGCGAAAUGUUUCACUGAUAGAAAAAAUGUAUCACAUUUAUUCAAAACGUAAAAAAGUCUAUAUAAACCAGUGUAGCUUUUGAUGGCUAGAUAAAACGACCUAAAGCAAACCAGUGAUAUUUUUUGCCAUCAGCAUUUUUAAUUUGCUCUUCAAAGUGAUCUGUUCUACUUUGCUUGACUUAAUCAACGUACAAUAGACAAUAAAGAAAAAACAUGGAAACGAGCAUAAAAAAAAUGAUUAAAGCUUAUUGAUAAAUUAUAUGAGUGUCUGUAAACCGAGAAAGUAAAUUGAAGGUGUAAAGUUUUUGCUUACGACUCCGCAAAGCUUCGUGUACAAAUGGCUUCUUGGCGAUAUUUGCGUAUCGAGCAAAACAGAUUAAUAAAAAAAUUACGCAACUUAACAGUAAACGGGUUUUCAAGAUGUCUUAGUAUUACGUCUUACAUGAGAAUAAAAGAAGAUAAAAGAAAAAAGGAUCUGUACAUAAGUCGUAGAUCUUAGUUCGCGAGCGAUGUUAUAUUAUUACCAUUUAUUAUAUUACUAUCUCCAUCUUUAUAAUUGUACCAGUAGAACGAGAAUUCUUAUCAAAGUAAAUCAAAAGUUAAAGAAAUCCAGUGAAAUUUUAAUGCUAGACUACGACGAUUUUUCUUACUACGUCAUCGUCUGAGUAUCGACUAUGUCGAUUUAGUUUUUAAUCAUUGAUUCCUAUUUCGUUUCUCAGAUAGCCUAAAUCAAUAGAAACUUGUACUUUAAUUUUACAAAGCACUCUAAUUACUGUUCACGUACAUACGAAUACGUGAAAAAACACUUUUGAGAUAGUUUAAUUUUAUUAAGUUUUACGCUUAAAACGUAUCACAUAUCAUCGAUGGUGAUAGUCGACUCAGAAAAGUUUAAAUUUGUUAUAAAUCGACGUUUUUUAAAUCAACAAUCAAAUUAUCGAUUUUAAGCUAUCAAUUUUUAAAGCAGCAGACCCAGUAGACGCAUAUGUUUAUUUACGUUUUUAAAAAUCAAUUGUAAUGAUUAAAAACCGGGGGACUGAAUCAAACUUUGUAAACUUUCCUUAGCUUAGGGAAACCAACUAAAAGUAACUAAUUUUUUAAAAAGACAAAAAUUCGUACGUAUGUGUACCUUAGCAGAAGAAUUAAAAAAAAUAAAAAUAGAACAAUAAGAAUCAAGUGUCUAUGUAUAUUUUUUCCCAUGUCGUAUGCACGAACAGAACCGCAUUGAUACAUUUUUAUCGUUGAUUUUUACACAUGUAUGGGCGAAUUGUAUCGUAAUCAUAAAUAAAAUGGUUCUACAAACGUAGACGAGAUAUUUUACAGAGUAUGUAUUUCCAUGACAGCAGUUUUUUAAAGGUAUACAAAGCAUAUACAAGGUAAUCAAUCCAAGCGUCAGCUUUUUCAAGCCAAUGAUAUGCGUCGAGCAUGAACAUCCCAAAUGCGGUUCUGUCGUUGUACCUUUUAAAUAAGCAUUUUUAAAAUGGGAACACGCUUUUCAAAAUAAACAAGAGGAAACAAAAUAACAAAAGUAUAAGGAGAUACACAAAAU